GUUUAGAAACACAAUUAAAUAUGGAGAAUUAGAUAGUAAUUUUGUUUGAAUAAUUAAAUAGAUCGAUGAUGCAGAGAGAGAUUAAAUUAUUAAAUAAUUGAAACUUGUUUAAGGAAACGAUGUAAAAAAUUCAUUUUCAACAAUUUUUAGAAAUGCAUUGAUUGCGGAAAAAAAAAUACCAAAUGGGCAUCUGUCACUUUGGGUUUAUUUUUAUGUAUUGAUUGUUCUGGUAAACAUCGAGAAUACGGUGUUCGUUACACAUUUGCAAGGUUGAAAAUUCAUUUAAGUUUAGAUCUCUUACUUUGGAUUCUUGGUCUAGAAAAUAAAUUACCUUCCUAUAAGUAGGAGGCAAUGAGAAAGCCUUGGAAUAUUUUUAAAGCGUUGGCUUGAUUGGUCCUGGAUGUAGUCAAAUUGAUUACAAAAGUCCUUUGGUUGAAAAAUACAAAUAGGAACUUCUUAAAUAAGUACUCUGAUUAAGUGGAUUAGCCUUGUGUGAAGAAAAGUUGAACAUCAUUCGUCCAUCGCUUAUUCCCAGUCCUGUAAAAAUUGCUCAAACCUCAGAAAAGCCAACUUAAAACAAAGAAGAAGAAUCCCCAGUUAAGGAAUAACCUAAAUAAGUGUUUUAAAACAAUUUGCUAUAAGAAGAAGCAGCUGUUACAAAGAAAAGCAAUAAAAUCGUAUUUGCAGAUAAUGCUAAACCCUAAGCUGCAACUGGCAAAGCAGUUUAAGGUAAGAAGUUAGCUGACGUGGACUUUGAUUAAUUAUAAUUUGAUGAUCCAUUUUCAAACCCAUUCAGUAAUGAUCCAUUCAAGUCUGACUCCAGUAAACAAGAGUUACCUUAAUAUGAAGAGCCAAAAGUGAUCAUUAAACAAACUCAAUAACCCACUUAGCCAAUUCCACAAACCAAUGAGACUUUAGAAAAAUUGAAAGACAAGAAUGUUAAAUCAAUCUCAUCCGAGACCUUAUUCUAAGCUUAAGAUAAGUAUUCAAACUAAAUAUUAUCAUUAGUGAAUAAAAUAAACAGAAUAUUUAUAAAUUUAAUGGAUAAACUGCUAUUUCUAGUAAAUAAUUUUUUGGAGAAAAGGAGGAGGAUUCUGAAGACUCAUCAUAAAGUAAACAUAUUUCAUAUUUUAGAAAUGGAUUAAUUUAAGAGUAUGUUUAAUUUUGCAACUGAAAAAACUUUGGAGACAUUUGGCACUGUUAAAGAUACAGCAGGAGGUAUAUGGUAGAAUUUAAAAACAAGAUUCAAUAAAUGAUGA